UGCGUCCACUCUAGCAGACAGCCGACUGUCGUAAUUUUGGUAUGCCGUAAAUGGUUCAGUGUCGUAAAGGUGGACACGUGUACUACUUCCAAGGGGCAGUACAAUGAGCCUACAAUAGGAUCAGGAGUAAAGCAGACUACAACAAGUUGGAAAAAGCAAUGAUGCUGAAUUAUAGAUGCCUCAUCAUCAUCAUCAUACUUGUCUACAAUGCUCUGCACACAGUGUCUCCUUUACCUGACAGAAAGAUGGCCAGUGGAUACACAAUUCCUGUACUUGGUUUGGGUACAGCAGCAAUGGGGGACAAAACAUAUGAUGCUGUGAUGGAUGCUUUGAAAGCUGGGUACAGAAUGAUUGAUACAGCUCAGGCCUACUGGCACUCUGAGGAAUCCAUUGGUCGAGCCAUAAGGGACUCAGGCAUUCCUCGAGAAGACAUCUUCAUCAUCAGUAAACUCAGCCCCCGUUAUUUUGGUCGUGAUCUAACAGCUCGCUCAGUGGAUGUGUCACUCAGGAAACUUGGUACUGACUUCAUUGAUCUGUUCCUCAUCCACAAUAUACAUUGCUCUGACUACUUCCAGUGUGCCCCUGAUGAACCUAAAGCCACAUGGGAAGUUGCCUGGAAGGCCAUGGAAGAGCUGCACAGACAGGGUAAACUAAGGAGUCUUGGAGUCAGCAACUUCUACCCUCCGCUUCUGGAAAAGCUGGUGGCCAUGGCAGAAGUACCAGUUUCCUUGGUACAAAACUGGUUUGAUCCGUUCUAUCGAGACAAGGCAACAAGGCAGUUCUGUGAGAGACAUGGCAUUGUGUACCAGGGGUACAGCACUUUUGGGACUCAAUGGAUGUAUAUGAGACAAGGGCAAGAGAGAAAUCCUGUCCUCACAAAUCCUUUUCUUAUGAAACUCUCGGAAACUUUAGAUGCGUCUGUAGCCAACAUUGUCCUGCGAUGGGCCCUACAGAAAGAUGUUGUUGUGAUUCCACGAUCUGUGAAUACUGAGCAUAUACAAAAUAAUAUGGAGGUCCUUGACUUAGAAUUAAGUGAAAAAACUGUGAGUGACAUUGACAACAAUCUACCUUCUGUCAGGAUUGGGGUGAACGGAGAACCAAUCAUAGAUGAUGCUACAUGGAAUAGGAUAAUGGGAAAUGUAAUUGCAGAUAACCAUGAUGAUGAUCUUGAUAGGAUGAGAACUGCAACUGAACAGCAACAGGAGAGGAAAAACUCUGGGCAGACAAAAUUAACUGAUGUGGUUCAUCUUGAAGAUGAGACAGUUUUUAUUGGGUCCGAUGACGGCAGGAUGUAUGCCUUAGAUGCUGAGAAUGGACAUGUCAAGUGGACAUUUACCUCAGAGGAGGAUCUGGGGUCCACUGCUGCAUUCAGUCCAGACCAGUCUGUGCUAUACUUUGGGUCAGAGGAUGGGUACAUGUACGCCUUACGUGUGAGGGAUGGGUAUGCAGUAUGGAAAGUAGAAUCAGGGCCUGUCAGAAGUUCAUCUGUGGUUGGCUGGGAUGGUACCAUCUAUAUUGGCACCCUGGACAACCAGAUUUAUGCUAUUAAACCUGAUGGAGAGGUAAAGUGGUCACGUGAUCUGGGUGGGGAGAUUUGGGCGCGUCCUACCAUCGGGAGUGGUGGAAGACUGUUGUAUGUUGGUGUCAUGGCAGACAACAACCACAAUGCUUUUGCACUAGACUCACACACAGGGAAUCUGGUGUGGUCGUUCAGAGCUGGUGGGAGCAACUGGUCGUCCCCAGUCCUAAGUCAUGAUGGCCGCUAUGUGUUCUUCAGCUGCCAGGACUCCCACAUCUAUACCCUGCUGGCACACACUGGGGACCUGGUCAGCAGCUUUGAUGUGGGAGAGGAGCAUGAUGGGAUAAACUCUACACCUGCCAUUGCCAAAGAUGGAACUUUAUUUGUUGGGACCAAUGGAGGGUCUGUUGUUGCUGUUGAGAUUGGAAGGGGGAAGCUGAAAUGGGAGAAGAAGCUGGGAGAUGAGGUUCUAUCCUCACCUGCACUGGACAAUGGAGGAAACCUUUACAUCGGCACCAGUGAUGGCCAAGUUCUCAAGCUUAAGCAAAAAGAUGGGUCCACUGUUUGGCAGAUCUCAACUGGGGAUGCGGUCUUGUCCAGCCCCACAUUGGACUCCCAUGGACGGGUAUUUGUGGGGUCCAACAGCGGCUUUGUCUUUGCUAUUAAUGAGGAAACAGGCCAAGUGACCUGGAAGGUUGAGACUGAGGGACCAGUGGUUGCAUCUCCAUUGAUCACAGCUCACCAUCAGUAUAACUAUUGGUACGGUGGAGAAGACACUAAGGAUGAACUGUAGUGCUACGACAUGUGGUAUAUGGAGGAAGCUUAUUUAGAACAUCUAUCAAUGGGGACAACAAAUCCUAGGGCCACACUAAGCUAAUUUCUUUGCUGUCGGAUUUUUGGAUGGAGCAGACGGAAAAUAAAGUCAACAUACCUAAGUCACAUUUCAUGCACUGAAUUUCGAGCUACAGAUGCAUUGGUGUGGAAAUAACAUCACAUCAUAUUGGACUGUACAUGCAUAAACUAAAACAGCUACUACUGACACCACAAUACUGACUACUAUAGUUAUUUAUCUGUCAAAAAUAUUUCUCCAUUUGGCCACACCAAUUUUAUUUAUUGCUUCUCAGAUUUGCCUGUCCAUUUUUUUUUCAUUUA